AUGCAGGUUAUUUGUUUUUUGGCAUUCUUCCCUUUGUUACUGUCUGCCUAUGAGGCCCCUGAAGACAAGGAAGACAUAUUUGCCAGCAAGGCCUGUCCUGCGUUCCUCAUCUUUGAAAGUAGUGCCUUCCUAGCUGACACGACAAUUGAACUGCCAUGUCACUGUAAGCCAGAGGAGGUUCUUUCGGUUGUAUGGUACUACCAAAAACAAAUUGGCUCUGUGAACACUAAGGUCCUCACCGACUUUGAAGGUACAACAGUGGUGGAAUCAUCCAAAGUUGGCAGAGGUUCCGAUCUGCGCAGUCGCUUUACCAUCCGUCUGUUUAGCCUGCUCAUCUUCAGGGUUCAGAAAGAUGACUCAGGUCACUAUAUCUGUGGCACAUCCUCAGGGGAAUUCUUCUACGGCUACAGUGUUGAUGUGCAGGAGGUCCAUCGAGUUCUCUUUCCCUGGAACCUACAGCAGACAACACCGGCACAGAUUUCAGAACCCAGCGCCAUGAGAAACAAGCCGUUCCAUGUGUUCACCAGCUACAGGCCUUGGUCUAAAUGUGACCGCUGCGACAUCCAGGGGGAGCAGGUCCGUGUGGGUCUUUGUUACGUUAAAACCAACUACCUACAUGUGCGUUACCAUAGUGAAUCAGAUCCAGUGGCUCCCUGUGGUUCCAGAGCCAUUCCCCAACAGUUUGGACUCUCAGGAAGUGCAUAUGGAGCGGAGGUACAUGUAAGAUCCUGUCAUGCUCCAUGUCCUCCAAAACCAAAAACGUCCCAGGAGAGACAAGCUCUGCUGAAAUUCCUGGAUUAUGGUGAUCAAGCUUCUGGUGUCCCUAUUCACUUCCACAACCACCCAGUAGACUUGAAUCUGAUCUUGACCUGUCCUGGUGCUAAACCACAGUAUGCCGUUGCCUGGGAUAAAGGUUCAACCCCACUUUACCGCUCUCAGUAUAUUCAGGGACUUAAUAAGACCACUCGUGUCUUCAUUGACCCCGGUCACCAUCUUCACAUCAGACCGGUGCGACUGGAAGAUAAAGGAUCUUAUUUUUGCUGGCUCCAAGGAAAGCUGUCUGCAGAGAUCAGACUGGGAGUAAAUCUGCAUUUGGCCCGCUCGCGCCAAAUAUCUGAUCCAGAGUCUGUAUACGCCUUACAAGUUAUAUUUGUUUGUUACAUUGUUAUUACUGUUCUGUUUCUUCUUACUGUGUUUGUGAGAUUUGUUUGGCAGUUAAGCAAGGAACAAAAGAUUGCAGCAAUAAAAUGAACCUGAAUUUGA